UUAAUGUUCACGUAAUACGCAUGUACACGGCAACACGUCCGAUAGCUACUCCUACCUGGGAAACAUGAAAUGCUCUUUCUCGAAUACGUAGCAACUGCCAAUAAAUGAGAGACAAAUCAAAAAUUCAAAGCUAAAUCUGCCCUUGCAGCUUCUGGGAAAAGCUCAUAGAUAAUUCAUAACCUUCUCCUCAUCCUUUACCUAGCUCUUCCUUACUCCAUGUCACUUCAUAGUGACAAUUGUGCCUUUGACUUACACAGAAUCCCAUAUUUACAAUCAUGACGUCUGAUAUCAAGAUUGCCGCCUUCGAGGCCACGCCAAUCGACAGCAUUGUUAAAAUUGCUGCCACAGCUCGAGAGUCCUUCCAAUCUCAGAAGACGAAGGACCUCGAAUGGCGAUUUGUACAGCUUCGAAAACUCUACUGGGGUCUGACAGAUUAUACCCCAAAACUCCAAGCCGCCUUGAAAAAGGACCUUGGUAAACCGCACCACGAUGCAGUUUUAUCCGAAAUCCACCAUUGUAUUCAAGAAUUGAAUACAUUUCUCAAGAAGUUGAAGGAAUGGGUAAAGGACGACAAGAAUAUCGAAUAUGAUUGGACGUUUACCGCCGUAAAGCCACGCAUCAGAAAGGAGCCUCUUGGUACAGUCCUCAUUAUUGGGCCUUACAAUUUCCCCCUAAUGCUUAAUAUUGCGCCUCUUAUCGGUGCUAUCGGAGCGGGAUGUACUGCCGUCAUUAAGCCUUCCGAGGGCGCUCCGGCGACCGCUGUUGUCAUGAAGGAGAUGAUCGAGAACUAUCUCGAUCCAAAAUCCUUCUUUGUCGUGAAUGGUGCUAUACCUGAGACUACCGCCCUCCUCAAUGAAAAGUGGGACAAGAUUUUCUACACUGGAAACAACGCUGUCGCACGAAUCAUUGCGAAGAAGGCAGCCGAGACUCUUACUCCAGUCGUCCUUGAACUCGGAGGUCGAAACCCUUCGUUCAUCUCCAAAUCUACCGACCUUGCAUUGGCUGCGAGGCGUCUCCUUUGGGGUAAGACUAUAAAUGCCGGCCAAGUCUGUUUGUCACAAAACUAUGUUGCUGUCCAGAAAGACGUAGUCGAGGACUUUAUUAAGUACCUCAACGCAACCUACAAGCAGUUUUACCCCGACGGAGCUAAAGCAAGCCCUGAUUAUGGGCGCAUUGUCAACGAGCGCCAAUUCGACCGAAUCAAGAACAUGAUCGACAGUACGAAUGGCAAGAUUGUUCUAGGCGGGGAGGCAGAUAAAUCCGAUCUCUACAUCUCACCGACAGUUAUCCUUGUAGAUUCUACUGAUGACCCUGCGAUGAAGGAUGAAUCCUUCGGUCCAUUGUGGUCUAUUAUUCCCUAUGAUACUCUAGAUGACGCCAUCAAGAUCAUACGCGAAGUUGACCCUACACCCCUAUCACUUACUACCUUCGGAUCGAAGGCCGAGAACGAAAGAAUCCUAAACGAAAUAACCUCCGGCGGUGCCACGAUCAACGACGCCUGGUUCCACGGCGCCAUCGCCACACUACCAUUUGGUGGCGUUGGGGAGUCCGGCACAGGCUCGUACCACGGGCGUGCAGGCUUCGAUUGCUUCACGCACAGACGCACCAUAGUCGAGGUGCCGGGAUGGAUGGACAAACUCCUACGGGUGCGGUAUGCGCCCUUCUCGCCAUCCGACUUUAAGCGACAUAUGUGGAUGACUGGCUCCAAGCCCGACUUCGACCGCGAUGGCCGUCCUAUCUCCGGACUACGCUACUGGGCGUGGCUCAUCCUCGGGCUCGGUGGCCCCUCUGCCAAAGGUGCGUUGCUGCGCUGGGUCGUCCUCCUCGCCUCUGCCUACGCCGCUUUCUUCCAGUAUAAAGGUUCAAGCCGGUUUUUUUAAGGAAUGGCGCUGCGGAAAGGACGCAUUCCCGUCGUUGGAUUCUGUUUGAUAUUCGGAUUGGCUGACUAGUGAAAAGAUGACGAACCACGAGCUAAGCUCUAAUUCUGGUUUGCACCUUUUAGGUGUGAUUGGAUUAAUUGGUAUGUUGUUGAAUAUGUAUGAUAAUAUCCACGCGAGACAAGAUGUUCUUGCGCAUCCUUACUGUAUCCCAUUUAAUGGGGUUAGUAUUGGCUUCACUACAAGGCUUGAGCCAAAUGUAUUGAUUCUCUGGAGGCAACUGUGUUGUUUUCGAGGCACGAAGAAGGCCAGAUAAUGAGAAUGGUGUUUUUCAGGUUGUUAAUAGGAAAUGAAACCUCUUCGGUAUAUAAAAAUAUAUGGUAUUUUGCUCUUUA